GUAAUCAAGUGUUCGUUUUUUAUUGCUCACCGAAAAUUUAAUGUCGUCACGCAUAUACUUUUGUACGGUUAUAUAAUACCCGUUUGAUCGUUGACGAAUAAAAGUUCACUCGGUUUAAGUCGAAUAUUAUUAUUUUUUUGGCAACAAAAUGUUCUUAAGAAAUACCACCACAGUUUUAUAUAUCUCAGGUCUUUUGGCCCAGAUGGCGUUCACGGAUCCGACACAGGUAGCAGAUCCUCUGGCCCAGCUUUUCAAUGUUUAUGACCAAAACCACGAUGGCGCCAUUGUCGCACAGGAACUGAAGGAAGUAUUAACAUUGAUGGAACUCGACUUGACAGACAACCAAGUGGAAGCCAGGUUGCGGGAAUAUAGUCCAAACGGCGAUGGUCAAAUGAGAUUGGCCGACUUUAGAAACAUGAUGAGCCAUCCUGUAGACAACGAAGAGAAAACAAAAGUGCUCCAGAAUAUGUCGGGUGGACAUAAUUUCAUAAGUGUAGAAAACCUUCAGACUAUCCUGGAAAACAUUCACUUUGAAUUUAACCCAGCCGAACUUCGUGCGAUUGACGUCAACGGAGAUUCAAAAAUCACAAUAGAAGAAAUUGAUAAAUUCAAUUGCAUACCCAUCGUAGUAGAAUGAUUUCAUUUCAAUCUUGUAUCAUUAUUGACAGUUUUUAUUAAUUAUUGUUCACAUACACAAUAUUGUAACCGGUUAUUGGAUUGAAAUAAAUACCUAAUUAAU